GUCGCGUCAGUUGCGUGAGAGCCUUUAGUGGGGGAGGUGCUCUUCAGCACUUCACUGUGCCGUAGCACCCUCUCCUCUCUCUUAUAAUCACUGCCAUUAGUAUUAAUAUAAAGUAGAAUUUAUCCGCGAUCGCGAGAAGGUAGUUCGAUCUUGCGCGCGAGUCGCGAUUCGAACAGUGACAACGAGUUUUCGGGAGAUCGUUGUCUCCACGGUGGUCAUUGCCACAGAUCGGUCAGCGAAUGUGUCGCGGAGGAAGGAGGAAACCGUAAGUGUUCGUUUCACACCGGGAAAGAAGUGAGGUGAACCAUCGCGGGGACUCGUCGUUGUGUUCAAAAGUGCUCCGUUUCUCGCCGCUGAAACGCCCGGUCGCGUCCCUUCGUGUCGAACAGUGUAACCACGUCUCGUCAGGUUCGUUUUGUGUGCAUCGACACGUUACUGGCCUGGCGCGUCCGACGGCCUUGUUCCUCUCUCGCCUGCUCCAACCGAGUGCGCGUUACACAGAUAUAUCGUAAUAUGUUGCGUGCGACGUCGUGACCGAAAGCGACGUCUGGGAUUCUGUGCGCGAUUCCCAACGAGGAAGUCGGUGAACUUGUGUGCCGUCAGUGUGUGAUAUUCUCGUUCUCCAGCGUUCUAUCCCCGUUUUCAAACGAGCCUCCAGCGAACCGUUCGUCAGAGGCCUUUUCAGUGUACAUGCGGCGUCUUCCUGGCGCUGAUUGAGGUUUAAAUUCCACCAGACCUUGGGCGAUUUAAAUGGGCCGUGAAAGCAUUCCAGCAGGUGCUAUGGGUGGAACCAGGAUUUCCACGGGCCUGCGAGGUUCACCUACGGCUUGGCUUGAUGCUGAAGGUCCACGCUGACUUCGACGCCGCCCUGAAGCACCUGACACUCGCUUUGAUCGAUGCCACGACACCUGCUUCCUUUUCCAAGCUCGAAAUAAAGUUUCACAUCGCCCAUUUGUACGAAGUUCAAGGGAAAUAUCGCCUGGCCAAGGAGAACUACGAGGCUUUGCUUAAGGAGAAAGCUCUGCCCUCUCAUUUGAAGGCCGACAUUUGUCGUCAGUUAGGAUGGAUGUACCACGUUGUUGACUGUACCGUGCUGGGUAUAACGAGACAGCAGAAGCAGGCGAUCGCUAUUCAUUGCCUGCAAAAGUCUAUCGAGGCGGAACCGAAGAGUGGGCAAAGCCUUUACCUGCUGGGCCGUUGCCUUGCCGCUUCUGGAAAAGUUCACGAUGCAUUUAUCGCAUACAGGAACUCUGUGGAAAAAUCAGAAGGCAAUGCUGACACGUGGUGCAGCAUAGGGGUCCUCUAUCAGCAGCAGAACCAGCCUAUGGACGCUCUGCAAGCCUAUAUAUGCGCGGUACAAUUAGAUAAAUCUCACUCGGCUGCGUGGACGAAUCUGGGCAUUUUGUACGAAAGCGUUAGCCAACCUAAAGACGCUCUAGCUUGUUACGUCAACGCUUCCAGGGGUAAUAAUAACACGCCGAAUUGCACGGGUUCACUGGCGGGCCUAGGUGGGGCUAAGUCCGGCGGUAACACCCCGAUGAACCCAUCUCUUCAACAGAGGAUAAACUUCCUGCAGAGUCACUUGAGCCAAGCCCCGAUGCCUUCCGUUGCCACCAAGAGGCGGCAGUUGCCGUCUAUAGAGGAGGCUUGGAACUUGCCCAUUAGCGCUGAGAUGUCUAGCAGGCAGCAACAGCAGCAACAACCGCCCUCUGGUCCAGGCUACAAGUACGGCCCUACGCCCUCUGGGCCGCCGCCUCCUUAUCCGCAAGGCCAGGGACAAAAUCUAAACACAAAAAGAUUCAAGCCAGGAGAGGAGCCAAUCUCCCCAGGCGCGCAGCAAAGGCCACCACCGUUUUACCUCUCGUCCCAGCAGCUACAAAUGCUACAGUUUCUCCAACAGAAUCACGGGAGCCUGACGCCUCAACAGCAGGGACUGCUUGCACAGUUGCAGCACCAGUACAGAUCCAUGCAACAGCACCAGCAGCAGAUCAGGCUGCAGCAACAGCAAGCUGCGCAGAGGGGAUUGAGGCCUGGACAACCUGGUUACCCCACUGGAUACAACCACACGCAGUUAGGGCAACCUGGGGUCAUCAAAAACUUUGGAAUACCCCAACAACCGUUGCAGCAAGGUGGGACCGUCGCGUUGCAAACAGGAUUCUCCGAUUCCAACGUGGGCUACAACACGGCGGCGACAGGGAACAGCCAGACGCCAGGAAUGCCUUACAAGUCCGCCUCCGACUCGAGCUUCCCGCAGAGGCAGCUGACGUCCGGCCAGUACAACCAGUACCAGCCGAAUCAGUACUCCGCCCAGGGUUACACACAGAUAUCGUCGACGACGAGCAACUAUCCAGAGGGCUCCGCGGGCAACAAGGACCUGGGGGUGACGGACCAAGAACUGCAGGCGCUGUUGUCGCAGAAGGACAUCGCCACGUCGUUGGCGGAGGACCUGCUGAAGCACUUUGGCUCCGAGGACCUGGACGUGAAGGAGGAGGCGCCCAGCAUCGUCAACAAUGGCACCCUGAGCUCGGGUCCGUUCUCGCCGUCGAACCUGGAGGAGAGCAACGAGAAGAUCAAAGAGGUGAAACUGGAGAAGGUGGACGACAGCCAACCGUCGUCCACGUCGAAACUCGAGACGUACGAGAAGAGGAACGCGAAGACGCCCACCGCGACGGUGGAGACGGUGAAAUGCGAGGCGACGUCGAGUACGAAUAAGUCCGAGCCAUCCGCUCGCGUCGAGCCGGUUCUCAAAUUGGAGAGCUUGUGCGAGUCGCAGCCGGAGCAAGAGCUCAGCAUAGAGAUGGAUUCGAAGAAUUUGAUCGAGGCGUGCAAGGGCCAGGGACUGAAAGGCGUACCGAACUGUUCCAUACUCAGCGAUCGUUCGCCACCCCCAGCGCCGCCCGACGCGCCCAGCCAGAGGCUAACCAAGGAACAACUGUUACCGCCGACGCCCAGCGUCUACCUGGAGAACAAGAAAGACGCGUUCAGUCCGCAGUUGCAAGAGUUCUGCUUGAAACAUCCGAUAGCUGUGAUACGCGGCCUGGCAGCCGCGCUCAAGCUAGACCUCGGGCUUUUCUCGACGAAAACGCUGGUGGAGGCGAAUCCCGACCACGGUAUCGAGGUCAGGACCCAGAUGCAGCAGACCAGCGACGAGAACUGGGACCCCGUGAUGGGCAGAAAGGUCUGGGGCUGCAUCAGCCACAGAAGUCACACGACCAUCGCGAAGUACGCGCAGUACCAGGCCUCGAGCUUUCAGGAAAGCUUGAAGGAAGAGAGAGAGAAGGCUCAAGGUAUACACACCUCGAAUUUAUCUGAUUCGGAUUCUAAGGAUAGCACUGGUGCUGUUAGGAGGAAGAAGAACGCGUUUGGAUUGGCGGGUCGACCGGGCUCGAAGAUGUUGCGAUUUGGGACCAAUGUAGAUUUAUCGGACGAGAGGAAAUGGAAACCGCAGCUACAAGAGUUGAUGAAAUUGCCGGCGUUCACCAGAGUCGUGUCGGCUGGGAAUAUGCUCAGCCACGUUGGCCACGUUAUUUUAGGCAUGAACACUGUUCAAUUAUACAUGAAGGUGCCUGGUAGCAGGACACCUGGACACCAAGAGAACAAUAAUUUUUGUUCCAUUAAUAUCAACAUUGGACCCGGCGAUUGCGAAUGGUUUGCAGUACCUGACGCGUAUUGGGGCGUGAUUUGUGCACUUUGCGAGCGGAAUAACAUCAAUUAUCUCCACGGUAGUUGGUGGCCAUCUUUAGAAGAUUUGUACGAAGAAAAUAUUCCAGUGUACAGGUUUCUUCAAAGGCCAGGCGACCUUGUCUGGGUCAACGCGGGUUGCGUACAUUGGGUGCAAGCCGUUGGCUGGUGUAACAACAUAGCAUGGAACGUGGGUCCUUUGACAGCUCGUCAAUACCAAUUGGCAAUUGAACGCUACGAGUGGAACAAAUUGCAGUCGUUCAAAUCCAUUGUACCGAUGGUACACUUAUCCUGGAAUCUAGCACGAAAUAUUAAAGUGUCGGACCCGAGACUGUUCGAGCUCAUUAAGAAUUGUCUGUUAAGAACAAUGAGACAAUGCUGUUUAAUAUUAGAAUUUGUAAAAAGUAAGGGUGUAGAAGUUCGGUUCCAUGGACGAGGAAAGAACGAAGCAUCACAUUACUGCGGGCAAUGCGAGAUCGAAGUGUUCAACAUCUUGUUCAUAAGGGAGCAAGAGAAACGACACGUAGUGCACUGUAUGGACUGCGCAAGGAAACAAUCUCCAUCCCUAGAAGGAUUCGUUUGCCUAGAAGAAUACAGAAUGCGCGAUUUAAUGGACGUCUAUGACGGUUUUUCUUUACACACGUCUUUAACCACAUCUUCGUCGGCUCAAUCCAGCCAGUCCUCCUGAGGCUACAUGCAACACAGAUAUCUGGACUUCUUGGGCACGCUGCAGUGACUCGAGCAGUUCGAUUUCUGUGUUCGAAAAGGAACUUUACGAUAAGCAUUAUUCAGGUACCUGAGAGCUACUAUAAAAAAUGGGGGAGGGGGGGGAUGUGGGAGGAACAAAGCGGAAGAAAUUAAAAAGAAAUUCGAUGCGUUGCGUACCGUUUCCAUGGCUAAUUUUUGUAAGACACGCACAAUAUUCGGUAUAGUCACUGGAGCGAUCGAAAAGUCUCGGACAUCCUGACGAUUAGUUAGCACUGUUUGUACAGAUCGGUUUUAGGUUAGCGACCGAUACACGAAUUAACUUCGAAAUUGCGCGAUACGUGUGAAAAAAAAAUUGGUCUAGCUCUUGGGUAUGUAAAGUUUUUGAAAAUUAAGGAAAAAAUUAUGAAAAACGUAAACGAGAAAAGACUGUGUUUUUGUAAAUUACACGGUAAUCACACGUAAUCCUUUGAUGACAUCGCCGUGCGAAAGAUUUGCGACAAAGACGUAUAUGCUGGACAUAAGUUAUCGACGAACUUGCCCGCGUUUCUUAUCAGCCUCGUGUCGCGACAAGGGACUGCGAAACGAGCAUUUAAACGUAUCCGAUAUUCGUUGCGAGUUCAACCGCGAGUAUAGAAAAUUUUCUUCGUUAUUGUUUUAUUCGAAUCACGAUCCAAAAAAAAAAAGAAAAAAAAAAGAAAAUCCAAAAAGAGAAAAAAGAAAAUACGAGGACGAAAUGCGUACGAAAUCACGGAAAUAUUCACUGCCAAUUACGAAUAUGUUAAAGGAUUACAUUUAGUCCAAAGCGAUUGAGAGAUGAUUAAGCUGUCGUUAACUAUUAUUACGGAUUAGAGUACGGUUGUAAAGUAACGCGAAGCUGCUCAAACAUACUUGUACAUUUUUGUAAACAAGCGGAUCGAGACGAUUAUUGAUUUCUUAUGAAAUUCAACGGGGAUAUUUCGCACGGUCACGAAUGUCUUACUGCCAGUGACUAAAAAUUCAUCGAGCAAACGAGAAACAGUGUUUUCAUAUCGUACUUGACGUCUUUUUUGGAACGAUUACCGUUACGCUUUUCUACCAUUUCGAACAUAAAAAGAAAAACAAAGAAAAACAGAACAAGGAAACGGAUAUAAAACAGUACAGUGGCAUUCCGGACAAAUAUCUUCCUUCAGAAUGAAUCAAUUAUUGUGUCAUUGCGGCUCUAACAUAUUUGUAUAGUAAAACGUAUGGUUUGUAUAGCAAUUACUAAGAUAUAUCGUGUGUAAAGCAAAAGGGGAGGGGAGGGGAGGGGAGGGGACAUGUGCUGCGAACAGCUUAUAGAACGGCGUUUCUCAAUUUAUUGGUUUCGCAAACGAAGAGAAACGCGAAGACUUGUGUAUCAGAAAUUUGAAAUCGUGUAUAGAACUAUUUUUAAUCAUAGAGAUAUUUAUUAAUUCCUAAUCAAUUCGUUCCGAUCGAUCUCGAUCGUGUGAAAGCUGUUGAUCUAUUCGAUUUAUUUAACUAGACAAAGAACAGACAAGAAUUGUGUGAAACGGAGUCUUUUUAAUGUACCGUUUAACUUGAUUCGAUCGUCGAACAUUUAGAUGAAUUUUAACUAAUUUUAACACGGCGGUGCACGGAUAAUUCCGGAUCGACGAUCUGUUAUAUCGGGAAUGAGAAAUUGGGAAACGCUGAUGUAUAAUCGUCUAAUCAAGCAAAUCGUAUAUUAAGUCAGAGGAAUGGAAACAAAUAAAUAAAACGUACCUUCAACUCAGUCUCGUCAAUUCACAUUGGCGUUUAGCAGCGCCAAAUGUACGUGCCAGAAA